CCAUCACAACAGUUCCAACAACACAAAAACGAGAAAAUCGGAUACAAACAGUGAAAAAAUCAAAAUAAAAAUAUAAUUUCGCCAUCCGAAGCAGAAAAACUAAAAUCACGUUGAUUAUUUUCAUCGAACAGCAAGUGAUUGAAAAGCAUUCGUCGGUGUGAAACUCAGACAAUGCCUUUCGUUUGUGACCAGCAGCGUGAAGGUUUUGAACACUGAGAGCUGAGUGCUGUAAAAAGUGAACGAAAACAAGGAAGUUUCAGUAGUUUAUUAGAACUUAGCAUAGGUAUCCGAGAAAAUCAGGUGAACGAUGAUUCCGAGUGCGACAGCCACCAGGUACCGAUGGAUGUUGGUCGGGCUGCUGCUGGAAACGGUUCUGCUCGGGGCGGCAGCCACAGUUGCAACCGCGGCAGCUUCCUCCAGCCCAUCAUCGGUGCUCAUCGUCGUGUCGUAUGACGCAUUCCGUACGGAGUAUCUGAGACGUAAUAGUACGUCGUUCAUGAAUGAGCUUCGGCGAAAUGGCACAACGGCGGAAUUUAUGCGGAAUGUCUUUCCCACGAAAACAUUUCCCAAUCAUCACAGCAUUGCCACCGGAGUGUUUCCGAACCAGCAUGGGGUCAUGGCCAACGAGUUUUACGACCACAGUCGAGGGAAGCUCAACUAUUCGUACGAAAUGUUCCACUUCAGUGACGAGAUUGUGCCAAUAUGGGCACUGAACGAGCUGAAUGGAGGCCAUUCCGGUUGUAUUAUGUGGCCGGGAUCAAAUUUCCCAUACACGAAAGAAAGGGUGAACUGUACGUACGUGACACCGUUCAAUCUGACGCUUCCGUGGAACGAUCGAGUGGAUACGGCUUUCCAAUGGAUUCAGGAUCCGAAACAGCCGGCCAAUCUGGUCAUGUUGUACAUAGAAGAACCGGACUACUAUGGGCACAUUUACAGUCCGGAUUCGGAUCGGGUGGCCCAGUUGAUUGUGAAGCUGAACGAUCUGACCCGAUACAUUCACGAUAGGAUUCGGGAGUUUAAUCUGCAGGAUCGGGUCAACGUGGUGCAUCUCAGCGAUCACGGGAUGGAUUCGUUGAUGCCGAAGAAUUUCAUCAACCUAACGAGUUUCGUUCCGGACGAUGUCAAGUACGAUGUGCACGGCACUACUCCGGUAUUGCAGAUUGUGCCCAAGGUGAAGCAGCAAACGGCCGAUCUAUACCGGGCGUUGAAGAAUGCGUCCGAAAAGAAUGGAAACUUCGAUGUGUAUACGUUGGAGAAUUUGCCGUCCCGGUGGCACUUUAAUAAUUCGCAACGAACCGGACCAAUUACGGCGGUUGCGAAGCUGGGAUACGGAUUCGAUGAUAUGUGGAAAACGGUGGAGUACUACCGGAAGACGUUCAACGUGUCAGUAACCUCGGAAACCAAGUACGGCGUCCACGGGUACGACAACGAUCUUCCCAUAAUGCACCCCAUCUUCUUCGGUUACGGUCCCAAAAUACGAGAACGAACCACGGUAGAUCCGUUCGAUACGGUCGAUCUGUACUACCUGUUCUGUGAAAUUCUAAAUCUGAAUGCACCGUCGUACUUGGCUGGUCAACGGCAGCACAUUGCGGGGGUCCUGCGGAACGACUCCCGUGACGACAGCGAUUCCGAUGACGAUUCCACUCGGACCGCUACCCUUGCCGUCAUUUUCGCCGGUAGUUUGAUAGCAUCCUUUGCACUGGUAAGCCUGCUGGCGGGUUUUGUCCUUUGGCAACGGCGUCGUCGGGAAAAUUUGGUACCCCAUUAUCUGUACGACGAAACGGAAUCUUUCUUGGACGAGGGUAACAAACUGUUGUCAGCCCAUCAGCAGCAGCAACAACAACAACAACAGCAUCCCCAAAACAGUAAUCACCGUAGUCAUCGCCAUCACCAUCAACUACGCACCAAUGCCAUCAACUCGUCCAUCAAUGGGGAUGUGGUUUCGAUAGAUGUUUGAGUAACGUCUUUUGGUGACUGUUUGUCAUGUUCGUUGUUCAUUCCUAAUGUUUUAUGUGUUGUUUCCUUUUAACAUGUAUGUGUGCGUCAUGUUGUUUCCGUUUCCGCGCCAUGGCAGUAGUAGUUUGGAGGGAAGGGCCAUGCCAUGAUAGGUGUCAUCACUCUAUUUCUACAAACCAAUACAUAUCAGUCGUAAAGCGUAGAUUUGAUUUCCCCAUUUGUCCCAGCCAUUACCUGUUACCACGUUAGUUGAGAGGAUAUUUUAAACAAAAAACUGUAUUUCGACAAUACGGCCGGGGAACGUCCAGAAAAAUGUGAAUUGAAUUUUAGCUUAAAUGAGGACGUUUCCAGCUGAAAUAACCUUCCUAGUGUUGCAUAAUGUUUAAAAUAUUAAUUUCUGUCAAUUAGCCGCUAUAUCCUAUCGAUAGUGUAAAAGCACCGUUUGCAGAAACACAGCAUAGACGAGUGUCAUUUUACCCCUGUCAAUGAAAUACAUCGAAAUAAACAAACCAUCGUUGGUAAAGAAACAACAAUGAAAGCAAAAUCUGGUAAAAGGGAUACUAAUAAUAAUUCCCCCAAAUUCAAAUGAACAGGACAGCGGAAUGAGAAAGUAUCGACCAGUGUUACCAAUAUUCGCCAUUACGUGAGACUGUGAAAAUGAUCCGGAAACAAUAUGAAGGAACGGAAGUAAUCAGAGUAGCCAUAGUAAAAAGUAAUUAUUUAAUAAUUUAAAUAAUGUAUAUUUUAUUGACUAUAAUUAUGUGGGAAAAAUAUGUAAAUAACAAAGAACUACUUGACAUACAGAACUAUAUAUCUAUGCCUAUCGUAGCACCUACCGACUGUCGCUAAAAAUCAACCAAUCGAUUGCUAAUUGAUUUUUACACAAAUACGAUGGAAACGAAAAUGGUUUGUAAACCUGAAUAAGGUGAUUUGAGACAACAACAAAAAAAAAAUGUAGCAAAUUAAAGAAUAAACUUCUUGUGAUAUUUUUUA